GGUGGUUCUUGUGGGUGUAAAAUACAUCUAUAAUUACUAUUCUAGUCUAGACAAGGUAGGUAGCCUACGUCUAGGAGUAAGACCGAGGCGAGGCAUGAAUUUGAGUUGCACUGGAUGGAUGCUGAACGGGAAGGGAGUAUGGAAUGGGAAUGCCGAGAAUCAUUGAACUAACUUUAGCUACCGGCUACAAAGGCAAACUGUCAACUGAAACUAUAUACCCUGGCUAGUCAUCAAGAGGGACCAUAUAGAAGAACUCAAGACUGAGCUGUAAAUGUAUCGGCAGCCGAGAGCCCAGCAUGAAGAGGACAGGCCGGCCGGUGGCGAGUAAGGCUCCGAGUGGCGAGCGAGGGAAGUCCGAGGGCGUGGCAACAGGAGCCUCCGCCAAGGCUACUGCCAAGACCACCUCAGCGCCACCGCUUUCUAAGGUGAAAAGCAAUGACGAUCUGCUAGCAGCGAUGGCUGGGGGCGCUCCAGCACCUAGCAGCACGGUCAUCAAGAGCAAGCGGACAGCAUCCACCGGAACCAGUGCCGGUAACUCAGAGAAACAAAAAACUUCAGGAGCCUCAAAUAAGCGUGCAACGUCCUCAGUGUCUAAGGAGUCGGCCACAUCCCGGGAGCGUCUACGGACUUCAAGAACCUCGGCCAGUAAGAAGCAGUCAGCGUCCGGGGCGGGGCAGGGGGAUGCUGCGCAGGGGAAGCGUUCCCGCGGCCAUGCGCCGCCUGAGUUGGAAGGCCGCAUGAACAAGUCUAAAUCCGACAGCCAGAUCAGUGACAAGGUGGCCCUGGAGGCCCAGGUGACGGACCUGCUGGGCCUGGCCAAGAGCAAAGACGUGGAGAUCCUGCACCUGCGUAGCGAGCUGAGGGACAUGCGUGCCCAGUUGGGUCUAGGACUGGAGGAGACAACCCCCGAAGAAGGCCCGGGCGAGGAGGAGAAGCCCCAGGGCUCUGCCAUCACGGCGGCAGAUGUAGAGUCCACCCUGCUCCUCCUGCAGGAGCAGAACCAGGCCAUCCGCGAGGAGCUCAACCUGCUGAAGAGCGAGAACCGCAUGCUGAAGGACCGCCUCAACGCCCUGGGCUUCUCCCUGGAGCAGAGGCUGGACGGCUCUGAUAAGCUCUUCAGCUACCCCUCCCUGAGCCCAGAUCUGGCGGCGGGCAGCGGGCACAGCGACGGCGGGGGAACAGGGACGCUCGCCUCCUCCGUGGAGGGCUCUGCUCCGGGCUCCCUGGAAGACCUGCUGACCGGCCACCAGCACGGCGGCUCGGCGGACAACCUGGACAGCGAGUCCAGCGAGGUCUACCAGGCGGUGACCUCCAGCGACGACGCCCUGGACGCCCCCUCCGGGGCCUCCUCCUCUUCCGAGUCGGAGGGCGCGCCCGGCCGGGAACGCUCGCGGCGGGGCGGCGGUGGCGAUGAGGUGUCAGUGGCCUGCCUGACGGAGCGCAUACACCAGAUGGAGGAGAACCAGCACAGCACCGCCGAGGAGCUCCAGGCCACGCUCCAGGAGCUGGCCGACCUGCAGCAGAUCACCCAGGAGCUGAACGGGGAGAACGAGCGCCUGGGCGAAGAGAAGGUCCUCCUCAUGGACUCCCUGUGCCAGCAGAGCGACAAACUGGAGCACUACGGCCGGCAGAUCGAGUACUUCCGCUCGCUGCUCGACGAGCACCACCUGGCCUACGCCCUGGAGGAGGACAUCAAGAGCGGCCGCUACAUGGAGCUGGAGCAGCGCUACGUGGACCUGGCGGAGAACGCCCGCUUCGAGCGGGAGCAGCUACUGGGCGUGCAGCAGCACCUGAGCAACACGCUCAAGAUGGCGGAGCAGGACAACGCCGAGGCCCAGGAGGUGAUCGGCGCCCUGAAGGAGAGGAACCACCACAUGGAGCGCAUCAUGGAGUCGGAGCGGCAGGACCGCAAGGCCAUGGUGGGCGCCCUGGAGGAGUACAAGGCGGCGGUGAACUGCGACCAGGUGGAGCUCAACCGCUGCCGGGCCCAGCUGGACCAGGAGAGGCAGAAGGUGGCGGAGCUGUACUCGGUCCACAACCAGGGGGACAAGAACGACAUCUGCCAGCUUCUGGAGGGCGUGAGGUUGGACAAGGAGCAAGCGGAGGGCAGGGCCGCCAAGCUGCAGGAGGACCUGGGCCACGCCCGCACCGACGUCACCAGGCUGCAGGACACCCUCAACAAGCUGGACGGAGAGUACCGAGCCUUCCAGGAACAGGUGCAGAUGCAGAUGGCCGAGCACAAGCGGGGCCUGGAGAAGCAGCGCGGCGACCUGCAGGAGAAGGAGACGGAGGUGUCCGACAUGAAGGAGACCAUCUUCGAGCUGGAGGACGAGGUGGAGCAGCACCGAGCCGUCAAGCUCCACGACAACCUCAUCAUCACCGACCUGGAGAACUCUGUUAAGAAGCUGCAGGACCAGAGACAUGACAUGGAGCGGGAGAUUAAGAUUCUCCACAGGAGACUGAGGGAGGAGUCAGCUGAGUGGCGUCAGUUCCAGGCCGAUCUCCAGACGGCCGUUGUCAUCGCUAAUGACAUCAAGUCGGAAGCCCAGGAGGAGAUCGGGGACCUGCGGCGCCGGCUGCACGAGGCCCAGGAGAAGAACGAGAAGCUGGCCAAGGAGUUGGACGAGGUCAAGAACCGCAAACAGGAUGAGGAGAGGGGCCGGGUGUAUAACUACAUGAACGCCGUGGAGAGAGACCUAGCCGCCUUGAGGCAGGGCAUGGGCCUGAGCCGCCGCUCGUCCACCUCCUCCGAGCCCUCGCCCACCGUCAAGACCCUCAUCAAGAGCUUCGACAAUGCCUCACAAGGUACCCCCCAGUACGAGUGUCCGGUGGCGGCUGCUGCUGCUGUAGCUGCUGUUGCCGCUGCCCCCGCGCCCCCUGCUGCCCCCCUCCCGCGCACCCCGCUCAGCCCCAGCCCUCUGAAGACCACCCCCGCCGCUGCCGUCUCUCCCAUACAGAGGCAUUCCAUCAGCGGCUCCAUCUCUGCUCCGAAGCCCCUCUCCUGUCUGAGUGAUAAAAGGCCGAGCUACACAGACAUCAGCAUGCCAGCGGAGCAUCUCCUCCGGGGCUCCUCUGCCAGCCGCUCUCCUUCUGCUCUCCAGAGGGUCUCCAACAUGGACGCCUCCAAGGCCAUGUCAGUGUCCCGCAGGAGCAGCGAGGAGAUGAAGAGGGAGCUCUCGGCCUCCGACGGGGGCCCCUCGUCGUCCUCUCUGAUGGCCAUGGCCUCGGCCUCCACCUCCUCCCCCACGGCCUCCGUGACCCCCACCGCACGCGGCCGCCUCCGGGAGGAGAGGAAGGACCCCCUGGCUGCCCUGGCCAGGGAGUAUGGAGGCUCCAAGAGGAACGCUCUCCUCAAGUGGUGCCAGAAGAAGACCGAGGGUUACCAGAACAUCGACAUAACGAACUUCAGCAGCAGCUGGAACGACGGCCUUGCCUUCUGUGCUUUGCUGCACACCUACCUACCCGCCCACAUCCCCUACCAGGAGCUCGGCAGCCAGGACAAGAGGCGGAACUUCACUUUAGCCUUCCAGGCUGCGGAGAGUGUUGGCAUCAAGUCUUCUCUGGACAUCAAUGAGAUGGUCCACACGGAGCGACCUGAUUGGCAGAGUGUCAUGACCUACGUCACAGCCAUCUACAAGUACUUUGAGACCUGAGGGGCAACCUGAACCACCACGCAGGCAAGCCAUCACCUCGACCCCAGCAUGUCAUUCAGAAACCUCAGCUCUGCGGGGCGUUCUCGGCCCCGACCCCCCCAGCUACGUUCCACGUCUUCCGCGCUUGUCUUAAUGCCCCUCCUCAGCGCGGAGGAGAAGCCUCUCGGGAAUCGCUGAACUAGUUCUCUAUCCGGAGCGUGGGGUGGGAGCUGUGUUCAUGGGAACAUUCUAGAUCUUUAGAGGGACGGAAUCUUCGCCCGAGGGCUCUUGAAGACCUCUUUCAGGGUUUGUGCUGAACGGAGAGCCGUGGUUCUCCAGCUCCAGGGCCACCCUGCAGUCACCCCCACUCUCAGUGCCUUCCUACCCUGCUUCCUCUUAUCCAACCCAGGCUUCGUCCCACAUGUGUCAGCCAAGCUGCUUUUCUACGCUUAUCUGAUUACUAUGUGUGAUCUGCUUUAGUAUGGGGACCAGAAACAUAAAAGGAUAUUUUAUUUUUGAACUUUUCCUGACCCAUGAGAGUUCCGUCAGCGAAAUGUGCCUUUGAUGGCAGAAGUGCCUGUCCGGAUAGCCUUUCUGGAGUUUGGUUUGUAAACACCGUGAGCUUGUACUAUAAAUUGUAAAGGGAUCCAUUUAUCAGGAACAUUAACAUCUUUUACACUCAAGUUGUAGUUCUUAGGAAGUGGACUCUACCUCUAAAAGGAGAAGGAGUGUCCUUACACUACAAUAUGGGAUUGCCUUUAAUUUCCCCCCACUUUCUCCUAAAUUCCAUAGAAUUGUGUGGGCCUGUCAUCUUGUGCUCAGUAAUGUGUAGUUUGAUGUUUUGAAUAUUUUAUUUGCUCCACAACCAAGUCAUUGAAAGAAAGUGUAACAACUUUAAAACAGUUGCAAAUGACAACAGUUAGUUGUACAUAUCAGAUUAACUCAUAUUUGUCAGAUUUCAUUUAUGAUAUAUUAUCAUCUAUCACCUUAGUUUAAUAAUUUCCUGUUCAAAUAAAUAUAUGCAGAGCACGCCAAUUUAUGUUUACAUUAAACCACCAAGAGUUAUGUUUAAAUAAAGGAUUAGAAGAGGCAGACAAUUCUUAUUCAUUAGUGUGACUUCUAUAAUCCAAUAUAGGAAGUUUAUUAGUUUUAUCAUGACAUGUGAAAUUACUACAAUACUGUUGCACUGAUGUCUUUCAUAAAAUAAUUACCUUUGUACGCCACAGACACACUUGCAAAUGUCGUCAUGCAGAUGUGGUAUUUGCCUUUUUUCGCAUGUGAUGAUAAAAACCUUGGAAUGUCAACACUAUUUAAAAGCACAUUCACUCUUGACUCCUUGCCAAGCCACCUCACCACCAUCUGCUUAAAUUCAAACUGAUUUUAGCACCAAGACAAAGCACAGUUAAUGGGUAAAAUGAUCAUUUACGUGAUUGUAUGGAUAUUUAAAUGUGUUUCUCAAGAUCAUUUAACCAUGUGUUGCACAGAAUUCUCUCAACUACAACAACAACAAUAAGGAUGACGAAUGAAUUUAUUUUUUGGGUUUGCAUUGACCUACCACAACUGUCCUUAAAAAAUUUAAUUCAACGUUCCUAUCAGCUAUAAGGUUAUGUGAAGUAUCCCUGCCAUAAAGAGGGGAAUGUCUCUUGAUCAAGCUCCAGUGGACAUUGCGUUCCAGAAGGCUCACAUGAAGUGAUUUAUUAGCACUGAGCCCAAGCCUGCUAUUGUACUAUGGACAGAGUUAGCAAAGCCAAGAUGAUCCAGUAAGAAGUUAAUUUAAUGUUGACAUGAAGCCACUACCCAGGGAAAUAUCACAACGUCUGUAUGUACCACUGCCUGAGUAACAUCACAUCUGCAUCUUGCCUUCUCUUUAGUUUAUUGCUGUGCUGUUUGACAACAGUUAUGACGUGAAAGCUAAAAGGAAAAACGUUAUUGUACGGGUCCACUACAUUUAUAUUCUGUUUACUUGAAACAUUGAGCCUGUUUCUUUAUUUUAUUAUUACCAGACAUUUAUCUUUUGCUUGUUACUUUAUUCAUGUUAUACUUUAACAGUUGGAUACAGAAUGAAAGAAUUCGAAUUAGCUUUUCUUAUUUCUGUUUCAAAGAAAUGAUUGCGACCACGUGAAGGGCUAAAAGUCUUGUAAAGCACAUUAUGAUAAUCAGUUAAUGUAAAGACCCAACCGAUUGUAUUUAUAAUGCUUUAUUUUUCUUCACUUAUAAAUAAUAAUGGAUUGAAAAA